CUUCACAGAUGCAGGAUCAGGCAUAGAAGCUGGUACUAGAGUUAAGAAGAAGGCUAAUAUGGUCUCAGAAUGAUGAUAUACGGAUUUUCUGGUGCAUAUGGAUUGAUGGAGACACAAGAGGAAGAAUAGUCAAGCCUGGUGUGCCACCUGAUUGCUGGUUUUCUUAGUCAAACUAGUGUACAGGAAGAUAGGCUUUGACUUGUCAAAGGCAACAUCCAGGAAGAUAUUUCUUUUCUUUAUGAUUUCAACAUUACAAAAGAAGCACAGUUUUUGUAGGCAUAGCUUCAUCUCAUUUCCUCCUCAUCUUCAUUUUUCACACAAAUGUUUGAAGCUUUGGUUGUAGCUCUGUUGUUCUCUGUUCUUAACUAUGGAAUCAACAGAGCCACAGCAAGUGGUGAUGGAGAUUUCUUCCAUAACUGCGCACCAUCCAGGUGCAGCGAAGAAGGCACAAUAGAGAUCCGAUUUCCAUUCCAUUUGUCAAAUUUGCCAGCAACCAGCCCCCCAUCCUGUGGAGCACCUGGCUUGGAGCUAGCAUGCUCAAUGGAAGCAGAUACCAUCCUACUUCACCCAAUCCUUGGACUAUGCAAGGUCACUGCAAUUGACUACAGAUUUGGUGGCCUGAAUGUCAUCCCGCUUGAAGAAUCAUGGACUAGGUGCCCGCUUCAGAAGAUCUCUGCCACCAAUCUAUCAACUAGUGUCUACAUACCUGACAGUUACGGGGGUGAAACUGCAAUCCUGGUACGCUGUUCAAGAGAGUUGAUACCAACAGAGAAGGCCGGUACGACACCAGGUAUGGGGGACAGUAUUGUUGGCCCAAUCUCUUGCCUGAGCAACACAAGCCAGUUCAUAUAUUUGAUGGACGGUCGUGAACCAAUGUAUAUUCUUCCCUUAGACUGCAAAGUGGUUUCAAAUGGUAUUUCAACGCCGUGGGAUUAUGAUGUCAAUGAUGUGUUAUUCACUGAAAGAGCCAGAAGGGUCAUUGCAUUUGGUGAGACAACCUUGACUUGGUCAGUUCCUAACAUAACCGACAUUUGUCUAGACUGCGAGCGAAACGGGCAUUCCUGCGGAUUCAGCUCACAACGCAGGCAAGCAUUCUGCAAGCACCAAGGUUCACGUGUGAAAGUCAUUGCAGCAACAUCAUCGGUAGCCACAUUUGUGGUUCUCUUAUUGACGGCAGCCACAGCACUCUAUCGGUCCCUAAAAUCAAAGGUCGAUGAAGAGGUGCGUUUGAAAAUCGAAAUGUUUCUCAAGGCAUAUGGCACAUCAAAACCAACAAGGUACACAUUCUCUGAAGUUAAAAAAGUAACAAGGCGAUUCAAAGAUAGACUGGGUCAGGGUGGAUUUGGAAGCGUAUACAAAGGUCAGCUGGCAAAUGGAGUACCUGUGGCAGUAAAGAUGCUGGAGAAUUCAAAGAGCGAUGGAGAAGAAUUCAUGAAUGAAGUCGCAACCAUUGGUAGAAUCCACCAUGCUAAUGUGGUCCGUCUCUUGGGAUUCUGCUCAGAAGGAACAAGGCGUGCUCUUAUCUAUGAAUUCAUGCCUAACGGAUCACUCGAGAAGUAUAUAUUCGCACAUGAAUCAGAUAUUUAUCGAGAGCUAUUAGCACCUAAUAAAAUGCUGGACAUAGCAUCAGGCAUUGCACGGGGAAUAGAAUACCUGCAUCAAGGGUGCAAUCAGCGGAUCCUCCAUUUUGACAUCAAGCCUCACAACAUCUUGCUAGAUUACAGAUUUAGUCCAAAGAUUUCUGAUUUUGGGCUUGCGAAGCUGUGUACAAGGGACCAUAGCAUCGUCACACUGACUGCAGCUAGAGGAACAAUGGGUUACAUUGCACCAGAACCGUAUUCUCGAAACUUUGGGAGAAUAUCCAGCAAGUCCGAUGUCUAUAGCUUUGGCAUGCUGGUGCUGGAAAUGGUUAGCGGAAGAAGGAACUCAGAUCCAUGGAUUGAGAACCAAAACGAGGUUUACAUCCCAGAAUGGAUAUAUGAGAAAAUAAGCACGGAGCAAGAACUGGAAUCAUCAAGGGACAUGACGCAAGAAGAGAAGGAUACAGCAAGAAAGCUGGCCAUUGUGGCACUCUGGUGCAUUCAGUGGAACCCAAAAAAUCGCCCGUCCAUGCCGAAAGUGCUGAACAUGCUGACAGGAACCUUGCAGAGUCUAACGAUGCCCCCCAAGCCAUUUGUUUCGUCUCCAGGCCACCCCAUGCCGCAAAUCUAGAGAUUUGUUUCACUGCGACUCUGAAUGUAUUUCUUUUGGACACUGAGACUUAAUUUGCUGCAGUAAUGCCUAUUGUAUUGUGUAUGACACUUGAUUUUCAGCUCGAUAAGCAGUCUAAUGGUAAACUGUACGGCAUCUCACCAUGUGAA